CCGUAAAUAUUUUUACCGGAAUAAUGUGAUUUCACCCUUUCUUUUCUUCCUCUAAAAUCUCUCUCCAUACAAUCAAUCUCUCUUCUGUAUUUCCUCCCUCUCUACCUUAAAGAUUCAUCCUCUCUCUCUCUAAAAAUUAACCCAAGAUGCGCAGAGGAGUGGAGAACAACUCAUUGUAGGAAGAAAAGCAGGAGUAUAAGAUGAGAAAGGUAAGAAAAGCUAGAGAGAGAAAAUGAGAGACAACUUUUCUAGAGAGAGAAGGCAAAUGAGUGAGGUACCCUCCUCUUGUUAGGUUAGAGACCUUUUUCCUCGUGCACCCACCCUGUAUAGAAAAACCAUUGCCCCAUUUGUUUAGGAGAGAAUAAUGGGCUCUCAAAGCCACAUAUCCACUUUUCUUUUGUACCUCCUCUCUCUCAUUUCAUGGAGCUUAGUAAUAGGAGAGAGAUGCAAUGGGAAGGAGCCCAUAAUCUUCAAUUUUGGUGAUUCAAACUCAGAUACGGGGGGACUAUUGGCUGGUCUUGGCUUACCAGUUGGGCCUCCAAAUGGCAGGACCUUUUUCAAUGAGCCCACCGGUCGAUUUUGCGACGGCCGCCUGGCCAUUGAUUUUCUCUGUGAGAGUUUGAAUGCGAGUUAUUUGAGUGCAUAUUUGGAGUCUUUGGCGCCCAAUUUCAAAAACGGAGCAAAUUUUGCAAUUGCGGGUUCAGCAACUUUGCCACCAUUCCAACCCUUCGCUCUCAACAUUCAAGUGUCUCAGUUCCUCAGAUUUAAAACUCGCACCCUCCAAUUAAUUAAGAAAGAUGCAAGUUUAGGAAGCUCUCUGCCCAGUGAGAAUGGGUUUCAAGAGGCGCUUUACGCGUUCGACAUUGGACAAAAUGAUCUGUCUCAUGCCUUCUCUAAAAAUCUCACCUAUCAGCAGGUCAUCCGGAAAAUCCCAACCAUUCUUUCGCAGAUUAAAUCUGCCAUAGAGCUUAUACAUCAACAAGGCGGGAGAAAGUUUUGGGUUCAUAACACAGGGCCCUUGGGCUGUUUGCCUCAAAAGGUUGCAAUGUUUGGGGGAAAGAACGUAGCAUUAGACGCUGCGGGAUGUCUUAGCUAUUUCAAUGAAGCUGCCAAGGUGCUCAACUUGGGCCUCCGACGUGUGUGUGCGGAGCUUCGAGCUGAACUACAUGAUGCCACCAUCAUAUACGUCGAUAUUUACGCCAUCAAAUACGAUCUAAUUGUGAAUUACUCCAAAUAUGGUUUUGAGAGCCCAUUGAUGGCAUGUUGUGGUUAUGGUGGGCCUCCAUUCAAUUUCAAUGAUAAGGUGAGGUGCGGGCAAAGUGGGUACAUAAAUGGGAGAAUGGUGAGUGCAGAAGCAUGUAAAGAGGGGUUAAGAUUUGUGAGUUGGGAUGGGAUUCACUACACAGAAGCUGCAAAUGCCAUCAUCUCUUCCAAAAUACUCUCCACUAACUAUUCCCAACCACCUCUUAGGUUUGAUUGGUUUUGCAGUACUUAAGACUGGUGGAGAGUGAUUCUAAGGUACUUGGUAAACAUCUUAGAAAUUGUCUAUGAUUAUAAUAAUAUUAUUAUUGACAUAAGCAAGUUGUUUGAAGAUGGAGUAAGUGUACAGUAUGAACCUUGGUGGUAAGCAAGAUGAUCUUCUGGGUGUGCAUUAAAAUGGUUGAGGGAAUAUUGAUUGCUUUUUAUAAAAGAAAAACAAUUUAUGA